AUUUGUCUUAGGUAUGGUUUUUUGAGCUCUUUGUUCCACCAAAAGGUCCUAUUGAUAAAUUUCCACGAAUAUUGCAUUGGAUGAAUAUAAGUGUUGGAGACAAGUUCGUUAAACGGUGUAUGGAGACAGGUUUGGUUGUUGACGAUGUUUAUGGUGGUCCUUCAACGAAGGAUAAGGAGGAAUACAGGCCAACACCUAAAAGAAAGGAUGCUAAACCAAGAGGAAAGAAGAAACAAAAAAGAAUUCGCAGAGAAACUUUUAUGCGUGCCUUAGAGGAACAAGAAUUUCUAAUUGACGAACUUAAAAGGAGGGUUGCAACUUUGGAGGCACAAUUGGCUGAAGAGAAGGCAAGAAGGCAAAAUAAAGAUGACGUUGGUGUCAACACCCAAUUUCGUCCGGAUUGACAAAUAAAUUUAUUUUAUUGCAUUUUCCCAUAAAAAAAAAUAAUAUGUAUAUAAAAAGAAAAAAAAAUAAUAAAUAACCAAAUAAAUAAAUAAAUAAAUAAGGGAAAAAGAAAAUAUAAUAAAUAAAAUAAAAUAAAAUAAAAACAAAAAAAAAACGUUCGUCCUCCACUGAGCGCGUUCGGU